AUGUUCUGUAAAGUUAUCGAAGAAUUUGUGGAUUUGGAUGCCUAUUUCACAUUUUGUCAAGGCAUAAAACUGAAAACGAGAAAGUUUUUCGAAGAUUACUGUCCAUUUUGCAAUUGUGGAGUAAUUUCGAAAAUGGCGUCCGUCCACCAAGGAGCCUUUGCAGCCAAGAAAAUGAGAGAACGCGAAGAGAAAAUUAAAGCAAGUUUAAAUCCGAUGCAAUACAACACCAAAUUUAUGGAUAGCAUUUGGGGUCAAUACAAUAGGUAUUCGGUUCACAAUUUGAAGAAAAUCAUGAACGAGAGGGUUGGAGAGUACCUCGUUUCGCCAGCUGAGAAAAUUAUUGCCAUCCCCAAAAAGGGUGAAAAGAUUUUCUCAGCUGACGUUGGAUCUGCCAGUCCGUUUGCGUUGAAGCGUAUUUACAACUGA